AUGGACUCCCAUUCUUUUGACUACUGGAUGGCCCAGAGCAACUACGUUGUUCCCCCGCAUCAGACCACCGUAUUCGACAUGCCCCCAGAGUUGUCCAAAGUCCCCAGUCUCAGCGGAUCGCCCGUUUCUUCCACAUAUGACCAAUUUCCCGCCCAAAUACAGCAUGCAUACUAUCCUCAGAUUGUCGACGAGCCCGUGCAGUUUGGAUCAUAUCCAAUGCCCAUGACUCCAUCGGAUUUUGGAUCCGACCACGACAGCCCAUACUGCAGUCCCCGACCAUUGCAACAUGUUGAGCCAACCUUUGGAGCCGUGCACACCCCCGCCCCAGCUGAGCGAACACACACAACCUCUGGCCGCCGACGAGCUCAAAAUCGUGCUGCCCAGCGCGCUUUCCGUGAGCGAAAAGAAAAGCAUGCACGCGAUCUUGAAAACCAACUUUCCAUUCUCAACGAAAAGUACAGCAAGCUCGAAGUUUCCCACUCUGAACUCAACGCUGCGUACGAGAAGCUCCGGAAAACCAUUGAGCUGCUCACGCAGGAUGACGAUGCCGAGGGCGAAGAUGAGGACGGCACUUCCACACGUCGAUGCAGCACAAACUCAGACACUCUACGAAAACUACUCGAAAUCCUGCACGGCGAGUUCAAGAGUACGACACCGGUCAAGACUGAAGCUGUUUCCUGA